AACGGGUCACGUCUUCCAGCUAGACUUUUUUGUACAGCUUACUAAGGAUGCACUCUGAAGGAGUGAUGACUAAGUCUCCUUCACCUUCUGCUGCAUUUGUGUGGAUCAGUGAUAAAGACAUGACUGAGAUUGAACUGCACUCUGUAGACUCCAUUAGUGACCUGCACCGUACAAACAUGGAACAUCACAGCAAAGGUAUUCGACCACCACGUCCUCAACCUCCAACUAUUAAUGGUCACAUUCAGAUGACAGACAGACCGGUGGUCUGUCAAACUGCACGUCCAGAAAAAAUAUACCAUUUGAAUCAUUUCAGUAAUAUAUGCACUUCUUCAAGGUGGUGCUACUCUUUAAUCUGCAUGGCUGUUAUUCUGAUUCUGCUCACACUUAUUCUCAUCUUUAGCUUCUUAGUCCAACAGAGCAGUGCUCUACACCGGCUAUCUGAGAUACUGAAGCAAAAUCAAGAGGGAACAGAGGAAAUAUUCUCCCUAAUGAAACAGCUCCAAGCUCUGCAUCUAAACCUGACAGCACCAAAGACUGGACACUGAUCACAGAGCCACAUUAUAUUGCCCACAUACACCGAUCAGCCAUAACAUUAAAACCACCUCCUUGUUUCUACACUC